AUGCUGACGACCGCGAUGCUGCAGCAUAAUUUAGCAGCGUUGCAGGCACAAUUGACACUGUUGCAAGAGGAAAAUGCCGGACUAACUCGUGAUCUUUGCUUAAAAGCAAAUUACAUUCAGCUAAAGGAUCAACAGUUUCGUGUAAUGCAACGACGACUGGAAGAGCUGGAAGGAACAGUAGCUCAAUGGAAAGACCGCUAUUUGCAGCAAGUAAAUGCUUAUCAAUCUACAAACAAUAGCGGAAGAGACGACGAAAAAGAGGACAUGGAAGGACAAGAACAGGACAUGAGAAAGGAUGGCAAGUGGACACCCUGGAAGUGCAAACGUGGCGUUUCUAGUCGAGUAAAAGCUCUUGCUCAAGCUAAUGCUCAAUUGGAGAAAUUUUCUCAAAUCGACAGGAAUAAACUACAGCCAUUACUUGCGGCAAUUGAGCAGAGAAACAGUGGAAACAUUGAUGACCUUGUGUUCACCGACGUCUCGGAGGACCUCAGUCGUAUCUUGUUUCUGUAUCUGUUACCAGCGUUACUGGAUGCUGUCGAUGACUUACAGCAGUUGCAGUUUUUCAGUCGUGUUUAUCGAAAACAGACGAUGGAUUUUAGAGUGUGCACGACGACGCAGGCACAUGGAACGACAGGAACUGAGAAUGCUACAGGGGACAAGCCACCACCAUCUGCAUUGUCCGUUGUAGGCGGUUCCUUUACUGAAAAUAAUGGGGAAUUGCUAGCUCUAGAGGUACAAUUAGUGAAGGAGACGGAGGAGACUGAAGCACCGCAUCUGUUUGACUGCGUGGAGCUGGAUCGGCGUGGUACUGCUCUUACUCCCACCCCACACGGACCCCGCGGACUGCACGCGACCAAGGCUAUGUUCGUCUCACGACCUCUUAGUGGAUCAGCAGCAGUACGUGCUGCCAUUCCUUCACUGGAGAAGCCGCUGGAAAAAUCAUCACGACGUUUCACACUGACUCCUAAACGCACAGGUCCAGCUUUCGUAGAGGAGACGACACACACGCACACAAUUACUAUGGGUGCGCUGCCAUCACCUGCACAGUCUCCAUCCCCGAUGGGUCUAUUUCCUUUUGGUUCCGAUGGCGAGUUGAUACCGACACCUCCGCGCGAAAAAGAAGGCAAGGAUGGCAAAAUCAAAAAGAUUGUGGGAAGUGUGUUUGACCGCUUAAGUCGUCACAAGUCGCAGCAGUCACUCACUACUAGCUCUUCAUUACAUGCGUCACCAAUGCCAUUGGGUAUGCUUGUGGGGUCAACAGAGGUAGAAGAUGAAACAGUAUGCGAUGGCUGCGGACGCGGGCCGCUCGUAGGUAUGAAGUGGGUUUGCCGCACGUGCCGUCUACUUGCUGGCGACGAGUACGAGCUGUGCGAAAAGUGCUAUGGUCACGGAAUCCAUGGAAAGGAACACGAGGACGCGCUAUUCGCACGUGUUGAGACCAUUGUUGUGCGCAAGUGUCCUCGACUUGCGAGCGAGACGGAGCUGCUACAUUUGCUGCGGGUCGGCAUUUGCAAGGCUAACCUCAAAAAGUUUAGUUUCUGCCUUACAUGGAUCGCGGACCUGCUGCAGUGCAAUCGUACGACUGAUUUGCGUGCACGGGCAUUGGAGAUCGCACAUAUCUCUACUACUGUCCGUAGCGAUUUUGCUCGACUACUACGCGAGCUUCUAACACGAUAUCGACCCGAUAUUGAACUUAAAACGGAAUGGGAACCAGCAGCUGGUGCUCAGCACAGGUCUUUCAGCCCUGGAACCCCUGCAGUGCGUUGCGAAGGCGUGCCGGAUGAGCUAGAUACGCUAAGAAUCUGGGUCAAAGACGCACCUCUGGCUGCUACUGUAUCGACUGGAGCUACCAGCAUCGGUAUAUCAUCGCUAUGCUAG